AUGGCUGUACGGGCUCACUCCACGAGAGGCUUGGCGGCCUCCACGGCCUCCUCUCUGGCGUCUCUCCGUGGGGUUUGUGAUGCGGCUGGCUGGGCCACUCCUCACACCUUCUUUGGGUUCUAUAGUCUGGACCUUCCCUUCGCCCCGGCACCGGGUGCUCUCCUCCUAGUCGUGCCCACAGGGCCAGCAGUCAUCAACGUGGGAAGAGGGGCUGAUGUUGUGUUGCCCUGCUCUCUCAGCACCAAGGAGGACAUCACGUUUAAAGUGUUUGUCUGGAGGAAAGCUCCUCAGGAACAUGAAGGUCAGAAGGAGGUGUUCCUGUAUGACAAAGGCAUCGAAAACAGAGGUCAGAGUGAAGAGUUCAAAGGUCGAGUCUCUCAUUUCCAAGAUAAACUGAAACACGGCGACGCCUCCAUAAUCAUCAGAAAUACAAAGAUAUCUGACAGUGGAGAAUACAGCUGUUAUUUUCCUCGUCUUCAGCCUCGUCAAACUUUCUACAUUAAGCUUGUUGUUGAGCCAAAAGUCAGAGUGACUGUGCAACAUGGCCGUGAUGUUGUGUUACCCUGCUCUCUCAGCACCAAGGACAACAUUGAGUUUGAAUUCUUUGAGUGGAAGAAAGCUCCUCAGAAAGAUGAAGGUCUGAAGGAGGUGUUCCAGUAUAACGACGGCAUUCAUUACAACAGCGGUCGAGGUGGUCAGAGUGAAGAGUUCAAAGGUCGAGUCUCUCAUUUCCAAGAUAAACUUAAACACGGCGACGCCUCCAUAAUCAUCAGAAAUACAAAGAUAUCUGACAGUGGAGAAUACAGAUGUGAUUUUCCUCGUCUUCAAACACCUCAAACGUUCUACAUUGAGCUUGUUGUUGAGCCGUCAAAGGUCCUCACAGUGGAAGAAGACAGUGAUGUUGUGUUACCCUGCUCUCUCAGCACCAAGGAGGACAUUACAUCUGAACUCUUUGACUGGAGGAAAGAUGGAGGUCUGAAGGAGGUGUUCCUGUAUAACGCAGACAAACAUUACAACAACGGUCUAGUUGGUCAGAGUGAAGAGUUCAAAGGUCGAGUCUUUCAUUUCCAAGAUGAACUGAAACACGGCAACGCCUCCAUAAUCAUCAGAAAUACAAAGAUAUCUGACAGUGGAGUCUACAGCUGUGAUUUACCUCAUCUUCAGCCACGUCAAACGUUCUACAUUCAGCUUGUUGUUGGUGCGGCGCCAAAACCAUAUGUCACUAUACUUGAGGAAACAAAUGACCGGUCUCUGCUGCAGUGUGAGGUUCACGGUGAUCCAGAACCUGAAGUAGAGUGGCAGGACAGUGCUGGAAACACACUUCCUGCUGAGAAGACCCAGGUUGAACCAAUAGGAAACCUUUUCUACAUCACUCUCAGAACUACUGUGACCCAGACCGGCCUCUAUCGCUGUGUGGCAACACAGGAGACCAUCAGCCAUCAGGUCUCUGAUGAGAUCUACGUGUAUAUUCAUGUUUCAGGGCUCUCCACUGGAUGGAUUGUUCUUAUAGUUGUUGUUGCUGUUGUUGUUUUUGUUAAUGUUGUUGGUGUUCUAGCUCUAAUGUAUGGAAACAAGGACUACAUCGCAUAUUGUCAAAUAAAAGGACUCUCCACUAGAUGGACUGAUUGUCUAGUUGUUCUUGCUGCUCUUGGUGGUGGUGUUCUAGCUCUAAUGGUGCUUGUAAACAAGGGCUACAUUAUAUUACAUCAAAAGAGAAGGCCAAAAGUCAUCACAGUGAAAGAAGGCAGUGAUGUUAUUUUACCCUGCCACGUCUGGCCCAAGAAGGACCUUAGGUCAAAACGGUUUAACUGGAGGAAACAUGACAAGAAGGCAGAGAGAGGGCAGAUCAUGUUCCUGUAUGAUGAAGGCCAAAGGGUAAAGGUCGACGGUCAAGACGAACAGUUCCGAAAUCGAGUCGACUAUUUUCCAGAAGAACUGAAACAAGGCAACGCCUCCAUAAUCAUCAGAAAUACGACGAAGGCCGACAGUGGAUACUACGACUGUUAUCCUCUUCCGAAUCUUCCGAAUACUCCAGUGUUCUUCGUUAAACUUGUUGUUGUAGAUGGGCAAAAAUUCAUCUCAGUGGAAGAAGGCCGUGAUGUUACUUUACCCUGUUCCCUCAGCACCAAGGAGGACCUAACGUCAGCACGGUUCAUCUGGAAGAAAGCUGAUGAGAUAGUGUUCCAGUAUGAUAAUGGAGAUAUUAACAGUGUCGAGGAUCCAGGUCAGAGUGAGAAGUUCAAAGGUCGAGUCUCUCAUUGUCCAGAUGAACUGGAACAAGGCAACGCCUCCAUAACCAUCAAAGAAACAAGGAGGGCUGACGGUGGAGUGUACAGCUGUGAAUUUCCAUCACCUCAGAAUCCUCAAACGUUCUACGUUAAGCUUGAUGUUGUUGGUUCACCUCUAGAGACAAAUGAACGUUCACUAAUGAUGCCAUGAGGCCUUGAUGAUGUCUGUGUUGCUGAAACAUUGAUUUAGUUUCCAGUUCUUUUCUUCUUUAUUUUAUAUUCAGAAGUUAGCUGUGAUGGUGUGAAGUGUGACAUAUAUUGUGUAAAAAGGUCACUUCAUGUAAUCUUUUAGUUAUUUUAUGGUGUUUUAUUCCAGCUGUUUGCUCUUUAGACGAUCAUUUCUUGCCUGUGUGUGUAGAAGAAGAGUAAAGGCUGAGAUGUGGAGUUGAUCUUUUUAUCUAACUCAGUGAAUGAAGCGGCGCCCUGGUGGCUCAGCGGGUAGAGCCGGGACUUUAGGCUGAGUCCUCACCGCGGUGGCUUUGGUUUGAGUCCUCCACAGGGCCCUCCUGCAGGUCUUCUCUGGUCCUCCUGACUGUCUCUAUCACUGUCUUUUAAACGCAGAUACGCCAAAGA